UGUUAUUGAAAAAUCGAGAAAUUAAUUAUUCUAUUAUAUAUAUAUAUGGAUUAGUGUAAUGGGAUUAUUGAAAGAAAAGAUGAGAGGCAGAAGUAGAGAGAGAGUGACUAGGAAGCAAGGAAGAAAAUCAGCACGGGCAUGGGAUCAUUACAGCAGAACAGGAAGAAGCAGAGGUUUCCAGCCAGAUCGGAGAGUUGAUAGGGGAAAAUCAGCAUGGGCAUGGGAUCAUUACAGCAGAACAGGAAGAAGCAAAGGUUUCCAGCCAGAUCAGAGAGUUGAUAGGGCAGCAUACAAUCAAGCCGUCCCAUUCUUCUUCACCAACUUUCCAAAGGACUGGAAUUACAAGCAGAUAUGGAGAACCUUUAGAGGAUAUGGAAGAGUUAUCGACAUACACAUACCAGCUAGGACAGAUAAGUAUGGAAGACGGUUCGGGGACGGAAGCCAAAACAAUGUCGAAAAGACCAUCAACUUUGAAGCAAAUAGGAAAGCAGAUAUGACUUAUGUAGACAUCCUUAGAGGCUCAAAGAAGAAUGGACCUGGGAGUGCACAGGCCACUACUAUAGAACAAAUUAUACAAAACAAGGACAGGGACAGAAAAGCCACUCACACGACAAAAGGAAGAAAGGAAUGGAUUGCAAAAAGCAAAGAUUCCAAAUGGAAAGGGUGGGAAUUUAGAGUUGAGGAAUCAGAUUUUGAAUGGGUAAAAGGGAGUUUUGUGGGGACAGCCCGAGCAGUAGAAUUAAUCCCAACAAUUCAAGAGAAAUUCUACAUGGAGGGAUAUUUUUCUAUUUCACUAAAACCAAUGGGUGGGAAGCUUGUAUUACUGCAAUGUGUGGACAAAGAAGAGUUGGAAGACUUAGUAACUAAUGCAGGAGAUUGGUUAGGACAAUGGUUCGAUGAAGUAAGACCAUGGUCACCGUCAAUGGUUGCUACGCAGAGCACCAGCAACAAAAAAAGAUUUGAUGUUGGUAGAGUCUUGAUUUCUACACCCUGCAUGGAGAUGAUAUCAAAGAAGCUCACCGUGAAGAUAAAUGGAGAAUUCUACAAUAUACAGUGCACGGAGGAAGAACACUCUAACAAUCUGUUUACUUUGAGGUCUGAUUUUGGGAUUAAAAACAAGUCCUGUAGUGAUCAUGAUAGUGAAUCUUGGUCACUUGGGUCGGUAGAAGCAGCAGGCUCCGUGAAUGGGGUGCUUGAAAGAUUUGAAAAUCCCUCUGAUACUGGAGAUGAAGAAGACAAUGACGUGGCGCCUUGGUGUGAACGGGAUGAGGAGGACUCAAAGGAAAGGCAGUGCCAAGAUAUGUGGUCAACUCAAGCAUUAAAUGAGGCAUCAGAAAAUAACACUUCCAAGGAGAGAAAUUCAAAAUCUAGCCAGGAAAUGAUGGGGGAAACGUCACAUGGGGGUGGAAGAAUGGGGCUAACGACUGCAAAUUUUGAAAUAAGUAAUGAUGCAAGCGGGAUUAACGAAGUGGAACCAAUUGAAGAAAAUUGUAGUUGGGUUGAAGAAACAAUAGUUGAAAAAAGAGGUUCUCGAUUGGAAAUGAACCAAAAAAGCAACAAGAAGGUGGAUGGAGGGGCGGUUGGGCCAAAAGCAAAUGGGCCAAAAAAGAAGUCCCAUGCAAACUCUAAACAGACCCAAGAUUCACUGCAGGCCAUUAUACACCUCAAGGGAAUAGAGGAACAACCCAAUAAUUGUAUGAAGGGGAAGGUAGAAUCAAAAACUCGGAAGAAGAGUAGAAGGACAAAGGCAUGUGCAGUAGUUUAUAAAGCAGCCAAGCUAAUCAAAAUAGAGGCAAGGAAAAGAAGAAGAGGAAGAACAAAGAAGAAUCAACCAACGGACAUGUCCUUACCGGAGUUCAUCCCCAAUGUGAAUUGUGCAGUGGCCAGUGAGUCCAUAAACGACAACAAUAUCAACAAUUGUAACAGGGCCAUCUUAAAAAGCAAGGAGGAAUUUGGAGCAAAGGAAAUUUGGGAACUUGCAAAAGAAAUUGGUGUAGAGACACAGGGGAAUGAGGAACUUAUCCUACAGAAAUUGGAGUAGCUAGAGGAAAGGGACAGGAAUCAACAGAAACCCAACAAUCGAACAUGCACUCUUGGAGGGGAAGGUAUGUUCUGAUGAUUCUAGUGUCCUACAAUGUUAGAGGGAUAGGAAGUCGGUGGAAGAGAAGGGAGAUAAGGAAUUUGGUGGGUAAGGAGAAAGUAGAAUUUUUGAUGCUGUAGGAAACUAAGUUGGGAAAUGUAGAUAGAGGUAUUUGUAGUGAAUUGUGGGGGAUGAAUAAUUUUGAAUGGGUAAC